AUCCACACUUUCCCUUAAACAAACCACACUUUUCCUCUUCUUUCUGUCUAUCAUAUUCUUCUUGUUCUUGUCUCUCUUCUUCUCUUCCUUCCCUUUCGUCUAUUUAACAACUUAUAUUCUACAAGUUGCAAAUGACACAAUAUUAAGUACUUAAAUAUUGUUUUUUCCUUAAAUUUUGUAUUAUGGAGAAGAAUAAUUUUGUGAAGAAUGGUGUACUGAGAUUGCCACCAGGAUUUAGGUUUCGUCCAACUGAUGAAGAGCUUGUGGUACAAUAUUUGAAGCGUAAGGUCUUUUCUUUCCCCUUGCCAGCAUCAAUCAUCCCUGAGGUGGAAGUUCACCAGUAUGAUCCUUGGGAUUUGCCAGGUGAUUUAGAGCAAGAAAAAUACUUCUUUAGCACUAGAGAAGUGAAAUAUCCAAAUGGGAAGAGGUCCAAUAGAGCAACAAACUCAGGAUAUUGGAAGGCAACUGGAAUUGACAAACAAAUAGUGACUUGUAGGGGUCAACAACAACAACAAUUGGUAGGAUUGAAGAAAACUCUAGUCUUCUAUAAAGGGAAAUCUCCAAAUGGUUGCAGGACAAAUUGGAUUAUGCAUGAGUAUCGUCUUGCUAAUAAUCUUGAAUCUAGUACCCUUCAAACCAACAACUACCCAAUCCAGGGAAACUGGGUUAUCUGUCGCAUAUUCUUGAAGAGAAGAGGCAAUAAAAAUGAUCAGGACCAGAAUAUGACAACACAUAAUGAGGUCUUUAAUAGCAGAAACAGAGGAGUUAUUACAACAAUAACCACUUCAGAAAAGAAGAAGCCAGUACUCUUUUACGAUUUUAUGGCCAGAGAACAUUCGAAUGGAGUUGCAGCAGUUUCAUCAUCAAAUAGUGGGAUCACUGAGUUGUCUACUACUAAUGAAUCUGAUGAUCAUGAAGAAAGUAGCACCUUUAAUAGUUUUGCUACUUUUAGAAAAAAACAUUAAUUUAUGGCCUCUUUUUUUUUUCUUUCUAAUUUUGUUCUUAUUUUUACCUUUCAAGUGCUAAUUCUAUUUUCCCAA